GGGGCAGGAAAUAAAGCAAAAUUGGUGAUGAGAUUUCACAAAGUGAAGGUACAAAAGAGAGCUCCUACAAUGUUUUUUUUGCUGCAGAUGUAAGAGGCAGAAAAACAGAGAGUCAGACUAAGAGAGAUAUAGAAAGAGAUUGACUGAGUGAGAUGUGGAAAUCAAGCCGACUCCCACUGCAUAUGCUACAACCGUCCCUUCCCUCCCCUCCCCUCCUUACUUGACUCUUCGCUUCUUGUCAUUCGUCAGUCGCCAUUUUUCCGGUAACCCCGAAACCGAAGAGCUUUAAUCCUCAAUUUUGCUUUGUUCCCUUCUUUUGGAUUUUUACCGUUCAAGUGUGCCGUUUGUUUCCCGAGAAGCUCCGGUGGGGGUGGACUUGUUAGAAUCUGGCAUCCCAGUUACCAGAAUUGUAAUUCUCAACCACCAAGUUAAUGAUCCUGCCGAUUGCUUUAAAGUUUUUUUUCCUCUUUGGGAUUAAGCUGCUGAGAGUUGGUAUCCCUGUUUCUGUUGUAUAGGUAUUUGAAUAGACUCAUUGCUGUUUGGUUGCUGGGAAAAAUAGAGGGGAAGUGAAAUGGAAAUUAUUGAAUUUACCGUUUCUCGGCAGCUAUUUUCAUCUUGAUGUGAGUUGAUCAUAUUUUGAACGAAGAGAGUUAGGUAUUGACGUAUUGUUAAUUAAUUUGUUGUUUUGUGUUGGUCGAUAUUGUCAUUUUCUAUGUGCUCCCUUUUUCUUUCCUUCUUUUGUUGGAUUUUCCUUCAAGAGUCGCUAUCACUAUAUGAUUCGUGCAGUAAUUUAUUCCAGUUAGCGGUCUCAGAAUUUGAUAGCAGUUAAUGUUGAUUUCACCACUUACUUAAUUAGGGAAUUAGAGUUGCUGGGAAUAUUUCUUGCUGAGUUGUUCCAUAUCAGCUUCUCCACCCCUUUAAAAUAAUCAAAAUUUAGUCAACUUAGUUCAACAGUGCAAAUGAACCUGGCUUUAGGAUUGACAAAGUUUUUUUGGGAUGCUAGCAGGUCUCUGAAAGUUGUUCAACUUCUGCUCUUUACUGAAAACAUGGAGUCUUGGAGUUAUGCUUCAGAAGGAAGAGCCCAUUUCUUCACUGAUGAGGUAGAAUUCCCGGUUGACGUGUUCUCGAGUAGUCAAACAGAAGUGGGAGAAUGGGACAGGGAAUCAAUUGAUAGCCUGGAAUUUGUUGGUACGGGUUUGCAUGAUGUGCCAAUAAGUCCUUCUUAUGGAGAUAACAAAACCCCUGUUUUGGAGAUGUUUGGUGGUAGUGUUCUGGGUUUUGAUUCGCAUAUCUUGGUAGCUUCAAAUUCCCAUUUAGCACCCAGCAGUCAGGGAUCAUCAUCACUUAUUGAUUUGAAGCUAGGGAGUUUGGGUGACUGCAUAGAUGCACAGAACAGUGAGUUUUGCCAUAAGAGAGCACUGCUGCAUUCUGUGGAACAUGCUACUCCAGUGAAGAGAGCUCGAAUCAUGAUUCCAUUCUGUCAGGUCUAUGGUUGUGACAAGGAUCUUAGCUCCUUGAAGGAGUACCACAAGCGGCAUAAAGUGUGUGAGCUCCACACUAAGACUCCUAAGGUCAUUGUUAAUGGGAUUGAACAGAGAUUUUGCCAGCAGUGCAGCAGGUUCCAUUUGCUAUGUGAGUUUGAUGAUGGCAAGCGUAGCUGUCGAAAACGCCUAGCAGGCCACAAUCAAAGGAGAAGGAAGCCUCAAUUCAGUGGCUUCUCGAACAAUGCCUACAAGCUACUGCAACAAUAUCAAGGCAGUAGAUUUAUCGACACUCCUCUACCUAAGAGAACUUCAUUCCUGUUCCCAGAUAUGCUCCCAAGUGGUCAUCGCUUUCCAGAAGCUAACCGGUACAGUCAUGUUUCUUCGUUUGACGAAAAGCCAAGUUUUAAUCCUCAGUCAGCAUUUCCGAUGACUAGUGACCAGUGGCUGGCAAGCCAACCAGAUUACUCAGUCUCAUCAUUCAUACACGACGAGCUAGCUGGGGUAUCAUCCCACUCUAGCCGUGCUCUCUCUCUUCUGUCACACAAAGCACAAUACCCUAAGGGCAUUUCCUCUAGUCGGUUGGAUCACUCCUACCAGAGUUCAGAUGUUUCGAAUUCCAAGAACCGUGGUUCUCCAGAGAAUGAACAUACAGUUGACUUGCUUCAGCUGUCAUCACACCUUCAACGUGUGGAACAACAACGGACCAUCAUACAAAUGAAGAACGAGACCGAGGAUUUAUUUGGUUUCUUCACAACCAAUGGCCUAAGUGUAUAAAUAAAGAAGAACAAUCCAGGUGUUGCUGAAGCUCCUUUUCAAGAAUCAGCAGUGUAGAUAAAAUUACAAAUGCUUAGGUACUGCUUUUUUCCGUUUUUUUUUUUUUUUUUUUUUUUUUGGUUUCUUGUUGACAAACUGAAAUUCUACAUGGCAGAAAGAAAACAGAUUGUGAUGUUUCUUUCUUCUUUAUUCAAUUUUAGCACAGAUUGUGGCUUUGGAAUUGCUGUAAGAUACUCUUGAUAUUUGAUUCUCUUUUUCAAGCUGUACUUGGAGAACCAUGUUCCUAGUUCAGGUUUCCUUUUUCAAGCCUGAACCUUUCAGUCAUUGAAGGGGCGUGUUUAGAAGGGACAAGAUCAAGUUUGUAAAGGGAAAUUAAGGAGUGUGUGAGAGUGAGAGAGCAUUUUCCAAGUUUGUAAAGCUAUUUCCUUUUUGUAUAGAAUCUUUUAUGUAAGCAGCAGCAGGGUCCUUUCUUUUGCUUCAGUGUUUUCUGUGUAAAGGGUGUCAAGCAUGCAUUUUCCCCACCAUAAUAAACUGAACUUUCCCAG